CUGGUGGGCGCACGGCAUCUACAUCACUCAGCUACGCACGGGAAGUUUUAUACAAACAGAUUCUACGUGAAGAAGUGCAGCGAGUGCCAGUCGCUAAACAGCCUAGCACUGAUCAGCUGUUUCAACUGCUCAAACACGCUGAGUGACGCGGACAUAAGGUUCAGAAGCCUAGACCACAUUUGUGAAGUGAGCAACUGGAGGAAGAGUACGAGAGGACCCGGCAAUUUGAAUACGCCGGUGCUGUACAGAUGCUUCGACUUCACAAUCAUGUUAAACAGGAACCCUUCCGCGUUCAUUCAUUUAUCAGCGUUUCCGAACGGAACGUUCUACGACAUAAAAAAUUUCAGAAAGUCGCACGUUGAGCUGUUAAACAGAAUUGCAGACAGGUGCGUGCUCGUGCUGAAUGACAUAGUCAGUGGUAAGGUGUGCGUGCCCAGCGUCGAUGGGUUGACUCUGGGUAAACUGAGGGCCCUUGUCGGUGAAGGCGCCAGUGACAGGAGUAAGAGCUGGAAGGAGCUUUUAAAGAGCGUCGUUUGGGGGUUCAACUACCCAAACGCGCACUGCCACGUGGAUAUGCACGCACUGCUCCCACCAAUCUCAGCGUUCAGCCUCUUCAAGGCCCCCUUCUUCUACCCUCUCGAGAAGGUGCUGGGCGACCUCAGGAACUUUGGAAGGGUCAGACACUACUCGCCCGCACAGAUAAGACAGAUGUGA